AUGAUAGUGAGCGAGCUUCCCCAGAGAAACACUGCCGACCCCAUCAGCGACCAGCAGCAACGUGGCAAUAGGCUGCAUGACCAGCUGCGACAGAUACAGAAUCAACCCCAGCCAGAAGGACUGCUUGCUGUGAGGUUUGCAUCUUCCACGAUGCCGAAGCAGUGCCAAGGGCCAUAUACCUCUCUAUACUUCUCGGCAAUUUUGAUUUACCCCAGACCCCGGAUUCCCCGCGGUUCAUGUAUACUGAUUGACGGAAAAUUUACCCAGGCCGAACGCUGUCCGUCCCCUCUUUAUGUGAUGCGGGGUGUUGAUCUCGGGCUAUCUCAUCCCGAGGCUAUAAACAUCAUUUCCUCCCCUCUUUCUUUGACCACUCCAUCACACGAAUUGAAUCAACGCAGAGACAAACGAGUCAUGAAGAAAUAUGCUCUCAUCGGCACCGGCGGCCGCGCCAUGUUUUUCUACACGGCCAUCGUGCGCGACUUUGCCACUACCGCGCAACUGGUCGCCUUUUGCGAUACCAACACGACCCGGAUGGCAUACGCCAAUAGUCGACUGGAGGCACUCGGCCACGCGCCGGUUCCCACCUACCACGCCAGCGCCUUCGACCAGAUGAUCGCAGAAACCAAGCCGGACGAGAUCAUCGUAACGACAAUCGACCGCACGCACCACCAAUACAUCAUCCGCGCGCUAGAGCUGGGCUGCAACGUCAUCACGGAGAAGCCCAUGACGAUCGACGCGCCCCGCUGCCUGUCCAUCAUCGACGCCGUCGAGCGCACGCAGCGCCAGGUCCGAGUGACAUUCAACUACCGGUACGCGCCGCACAACAGCAAGAUCGCAGAGCUGCUGGCCUGCGACGCGAUCGGCCAGGUCCACUCCGUGCACUUUGAGUGGAUGCUCAACACGUCGCAUGGCGCCGACUAUUUCCGGCGGUGGCAUCGCGACAAGCGCAACAGCGGCGGGCUACUGGUGCACAAAUCGACGCAUCACUUCGACCUGGUGAAUUUCUGGCUGCGGACGAGGCCGGAGUGUGUCGUCGCGAUGGGGGAUCUGCGCUUCUACGGGAAGGAGAACGCGGAGCGCCGGGGCGAGACGCGGUUCUAUGCCCGCGCGAGAGGCAGCGAGGUGGCGCAGACGGACCCGUUUGCGCUCCGUCUGGAAGGCAAUGAGCAGCUGAAGGCGCUGUAUGCAGAUGCCGAGCACGAGGAUGGGUAUUAUCGGGACCAGAGCGUGUUUGGGGAUGGGAUCAGUAUCGAGGAUACGAUGGGGGUGAUGGUGCGGUAUGAGUGUGGCGCGGUGCUGACGUAUAGCUUGACGGCGUAUGCACCCUGGGAAGGGUUCCGGGUGAUGUUCAACGGGAGCAAGGGACGGCUGGAGGUGGAAGUCGUGGAGCAGUCGUAUGUCAAUUCGGGUGGGGACCAGGCGAUGGAGGGGGCGUUGGAGAGUAUGACGAUUCUCCUGCGGCCUAUGUUUGGCAAACCUGUUGAGAUUCAAGUCCCGACGGGUCAAGGGGGCCAUGGUGGGGGAGACCCUCAGCUGCUGAAGGACUUGUUUGGUGGUGAGGCUAUAGAGGAUCCGUUGAAACGGGCUGCGACGCAUCUCGAUGGUGCAUGGUCGAUUGCCACGGGCAUUGCAGCGAAUGAGUCGAUGCGCCGGGGCCAGGUUGUCCGGGUCAAUGAGGUGAUGAAGCUGCCAGUCGUCUAG